AAACCAUGGCGCGCUGCCCGCCAAAACUCAUACAGGCUCACCUGGGCACCUGACCUUCUUUCCCUCCAAUCCAUUUGACUGGUAGGUUUUAAAUUAGCUUCUCUCUCUCGAAGAUCCCUAAUCAUCCUGUACUCUAUGGACCAUGGAAACCACCACCUCCGAGAACCACCAACAACCGCAAAUCAACGGCACCGAUUCCCCAAUCAAUCCCCAAAUAGACAAUCACGAUGAUCUUCUUGCUGAGCUCCAGUCUCUCCGCCAAUCUUAUGAGACUCUUCAAUCGAAAUACUCCAUUAUGGAGGAAAAUCUCCUUCUUGUCCAGCAGCAGAGAGACGAGGCACUGGACCACAACGUCGAUUUCAAAACAGUUAUCAAUGAAACUACGAGAGAAAGGGACUCUCUUCAAGGACAAAUUCGUGAACUUGAGAUCUCUUUUAAAGAAAGGGAAGACGAGUUUGCAAAAACAAUCGAUCAGGAAUCAUUGAGAAAUGAAGAACUUGGAAAGGAAGUGGAAGCUGUCAAGGGGACGAUUGAAGAGUUGGAAUUUAAGAUAAAGGAGGUGGAAGGGAAGAAUCAGCUUUUUUUGAAGACUUUGGAUUCUCUUAGGCCAGUGAAAGAUUGUUUGGUCGGAAUCAUAGAGUGUGUCGAUGAUGAGGAAGUGAUUGAGAAGAUGAAUAACGAUGAGGGUAGUGUAGAAAUGGAACUAGACAGUGGAUCAAGGGCAAUUUGGGAAGAAUUCGAGCCAAUUGCAAGGUUAGCAAACGAUGCAAAAUCAAAAGUGAAUGAGUUUAAGGAGAGGAAGAAGAUUGAGAUAAGGGAAUUGGAGAAUAGUCUAGUGAGUUUGACAGAGGAGAAUCGCGAUAUCAAUACUUUGUUAAGGGUUGCCUUGUUGGAGAAGGAGGCAGUGGAGAAGAGUUUGAACAAGUUGAAAGGGAACACUGAGCAGAGGAGGGUGGCUUUGUUGCAAAUUGCAGAGAGGGGGUUGCAGAGAGUAGGGUUUGGCUUCAUGAUGGGAAGUGGGAGUACUGAGCAAUCAGUGGAGAGUUCAGGAGCUAACACUACUGCCACUCCCGCUAGUACUACUGCCAGUACUAAAUCAGAUAGUAGCGAGUGUGAAGAAGAGGUUGUUAGUCUGGCCUCAACUGUAGAGAGAAUAAUGAAGAAUUUACGACUUGAAAUCACUCAACUGAGGAGAUCGCUGGAAGAGUCUAGGUCAGAUGCUGAAAGACUACAGAGUCUUACAGAAAAACAAGCUCAACAAAUUGCAGAAAACACACUAUACAUGAAAGAGUUGGAAGAAAGGGAGAGGGUGUUAGCUCAAAAUUUAGAGGAACUCCUAAUGGGAAUAAAAGAAACUGAGGCAGAGGUUGAUAGAUGGAGGGAAGCCUGUGAGUUGGAAGUUGAAGCUGGGAAAAAAGAGCUUGAAGAACGUGAAAAAGUGACUUUGAUACUGAAGCAAGAACUGGAGAGAACGAAGACUGCUUUAGAGAUAUCAAAUGGCAAGUUAAAACUGAAAGAAGAACUUGCAAGUGCUGCAAUGGCUGCCCAAGCAGCAGCAGAGAAAUCACUGCAGCUGGCUGACAGUAGGGCUGCAGGACUUCAUGAGCGGAUUGAGGAGCUAAGGAGACAACUAGAAGAAGCAGAGAGCAGGGAGCGUAGCCGUCGUAGAGUGAGGCAUAUAUGUUGGCCGUGGCGAACUCUGAAACAGAAUUCAGCUAGUAAUGCGAAUGAAAGAGACCAGAAUGUGAAACGGAUGCUACCAGAAAUGCAAGCCUUGCUUCAUUAUAGUCUUUGACAUAUUCUUGUGAGCUUACAAUAAUUUAUAUUACUUCCCUAUUUCAGAUGAGGGCAUUGAUACUUUGUAACAUUUCUUUCUUACCCCUUUCUUCUUUUCUUUUA